AUGCGUUUUUCAUCUGUGCCUCAGAUAUUUGGGACCACAUCCGGUCACGUUUCACUUGUCACUCCUUUUUCUCUUUUUCUCAGGAUUAAUAUUGAAAACCUUUAUUCAGAAACAAGCGGGAAUCUAAAAAAACUAAAACUUCUACAAAGUAAAAUCUCCAGCUCAAGCAGUGAUCUCAAGGAGCAGUAUGAUACAUGUAUUCAGGACUGCAUUGAUGCUGUGACCAAACUAGAAGAGGAGCUUGAUCGUAUAACGCACAAGAAGAAGCAGCUGGCGGAAUAUUUGUGUGAAGAUCCCACCACACUGUCCUUAGAAGAUACCUUCAGCACCAUGAAGACCUUCAGGGAUCUCUUCCUUAAGGCCAGGAAGGAAAAUAAAGACUGGAAAGAACAAGCUGUUAAGGCUGAAAAACGGAAAAAACAGAUUGCAGAGGAUGAAGCAAAGAGACAAAAGGGGGAGAAUGGUAAAAUAAUUCGGAAAGGUGCAGUGAAGGUGGAAGAAGGCUGUGUUAUUGAUGCGCUACUGGCAGACAUCAAGAAGGGUUUCCAGCUGCGAAAAACUACAAAGCAUAGAAAUGACCCUGAAACUGGUGCAAAAAGUGCCAUUGAAGUGAACGGCACCCCUGUACUGAAAGUGGAUGAAGAUACCAAACAGGUUAGUGUAGCUAGCAAUUCGGCAAUGAAUGGGGCAGGGGGCUUGGAUUUAGUAGCCUCCGUUGUUGAGCCUCAAGUUGCCACAGAGUCACAAAUGACACAGAAGCCAGGUUACCAUGUGGAUGAACAAGAUAGAAAAUCUAAGUCCACUGAAAUGAGUUUUGCUGACCAGAAAACCGGAUCCUUUGCGCCAAUGCAAUUAAAUACAAAGCCAUUGAUUCUAGCCAGUAAUAAUGUGGAUACAUUGAGUCUUCACGUCACAGAGCAGCGGCAUUCAGGUGACUCUAGCAAUCUAAAUACAAAUACACUGGAAAAUAAGGAGAAACCUGCACUAGAUGGUACUAAAGAUGGCAGCCUGCCAAGUGAUGGUAUAGAUACAAAUAAACUUUCAGAAGUAAAGAAUGAAUCAGAGACUGGAUUUUCUACAUCAGAUUCUCUGGCCAUUCAGCACAGUGUAAUGGUUGAAAAUGUCUCAGCUUCUCCAGAAGUAGUAUUGGAGGAAAGUUUCCAAGAUGCUCUGGACAAUCUGCUGGAGGACAGUUCUCCAACUGCUCAGGACAAUUUGGUGGUGGUGAAUGGAUCUCAGGGCAGUGUGUUGGUGGAAAGUUCUUCAGUCACUCAGGACAGUUUGGUGCUGAAGAAUGGUUCUCAAGUCACUCAGGAAAGGGUUGUGAUGGAAGGUCCUCCUGCUAUUCAAGACAGUGUUGUGGAAGGUUCUCAAACUGCUCAGUGCAAUGUAUUGUCCAAAGAAUCUAAACCAGUCCAGGAAAAUGAAUCCUAUGAGGACUCCACAUCCCACAUGCAUGUCUUGCCUAAAGGCAAUCCAAUAGUUCAGGACGCUAUUUUGGGAGACUCUCAACCAGGUCAAGAUAAAGUAAUCACUGAAGAGCAGCUGACUACCUCCUCUUGCUCCAUCUCCCAAGGCCAAACUGCUGAUGAGCCGAAGGUUAGGAGGAGCUCAUCAAAACAAAAGAAGAAAAAGAGGCAUUCCAAAACCGGAGAAGGAUCAAGAAGAAAGAAGACUAACGUACCGUAACGCACUGCCGGAUCCAGUCAUGCGCUGCCGGAGCUUCUGCCGUUUCUGUAAAACAGAACUAUUGCUUUAAAAAAACAAAAAACUUACAUAAAAUCUACAUUUGCCUAUUGACAAGAUUUAGUGUAGGAUUUAAGGACAAAUUGAUUCAUAUAAAACCUCAUUGCAUUGUGCGCAGUAUACUUGGCAAAUUAAACGACCAGUAUAUUAAUUCUUUAAUUCAUUAGGGCAUGUGGUUUUGUCACUAGUGAGACUACAAAGCUAUGUGUUUAAACCCCACUUGGGAGCCGCAGAGCACUGUGAGUCUUAAGUGGAAACCACCACUGAUAGAAACAUCAGCCCUAUUCACUCAACCCAGCUGUGUAACUAGCACUCCUGAUGGGAUCAGCAACUCUCUGUGGCUCCCAAGUGGAACUUUACUGUGUGUUUAAUCUCUUUGCUUGAGUUAUAAGCCUAGCUUUUCAGUGUCGCUAGUUGUAAAUUAUAUGCUCUAAUGUAUAACAGCAUUCCAUUUUAUCUCUAUAAUGGCCCUUAAAGUGAAUGUAAACUUUAAUGCAUUAAAGACCAGUAUCAAAUAAUAAUCUUUAAAACAGGGGCACUUUAAUUCAUUAAACUUUACAAAGAUGCUUAUUUUAUAAAAUAUUUACCUUUGCGUUAUGGUAAACGUAGUGCCAAUCUUCCACCCGCAGCUCCUGCUUUCUUUAGCAGAUCAAGGACAAAUCCGACUUCCUCCAAUCAUUGUGUGCCCCCUUUGGCGUCCAGCUCAUGGGGCAACACAACGAUUGGAGGAAGCAGGAUCGGGAUUGCUCUGCUAAAAAAAGCAAGAGCUGCGGGUGGAGGAUCAGCGGUCUUUUUACCAUAAAUGCAAAGGUAAGUAUUCAAGUUUACAGUCACUUUAAGUGACUUAUGCUCAAACAACCACAUCUGUAACUGGAACUAUAACACACAUAGCUCAGCACCUAAUGUCUCCCUCCGGGUAGUGGACGCUGGACAGGGGUCACGUCUUCAGCCCGUAGGUAAUAUAGCAAAAAAGUACUGGUCCACAGCACUAUAUAACCAGAAAUGUAUUGUAACAUACAGACAGAAAAAACGUGCAGCGUUUCGGGCUCACACGCCCUUAAUCAUGCAAGGUUGCAGUGUGAGACCGAAACGUUGCACAUUUCUGUCUGUAUGUAUGCAUAUACAGUGCUGUGGACCAGUACUUUUUUACUACAUCUGUAACUGUGAUGCUCAAACAACCACAUCUGUAACUGAAAUGAAAUGAAUAAAUGCAUUUGCUCUAUUUUGUAGGAACAGUUUCUUUAUUUAUAAAUUACCCCACACACUGUGUUUUUAACUUCCAGUAAGGAGUUAAAAGCAGACAAAGUGACGCGCUCCAAUUAGUGACUGGUGAAGCUACACUUACCGGUAGCAGCAGCCAAUUCUCUAAAACUCUCUGGGCUGGUGAGAUUCUAUAAGAUGCUGCCAGCCCUCCAAAUUCCCUGGUGAGAUUGUAUAACGCCACGUUUUACCCAGAAUGAAAACAGGGUGUCUCGCUAAGGGGCGUAUACUGCAUUUUCAUAUGUGAAGGAGAUACAGACAUUACACAAGUGCACAAUAACAUUUGUAAUUAACAAAGCAUAGAUAAUUAAUAAUUUAGCUAUUCACAUAAAAACGGUUGUUAAGCAUCAAAAAUCGUAACUAAAUUCCGCACCAAAACUCGUAUUUUAUCAGAAAUGUAAAAUUUGUUUGUAAAUUACAGAGGAAUAAAGCGUAUGAAAUAUCGACAGCGUAAAUUGCAAGGGUCAGCGAGAAAAAGCACAUCUGACCUGGAGAGCUUUAGAAAAUCGGCCCCUUAGUGUCAAAUGAAAAUGAUUGAAAAAUAAAAUCAUAAAUAGCUUUAACUUUAAAAUGUUAUUUAUGAGAAUGUUCCUUAAACCAUAAUGUACGUGCCAUCGUUUAUGGUUAUUGAUAACAACACAUUUACAAUAUAUACUUUCACUAUUUAUUUUUCCCCUUUACCUGCAAUUUAACUCUGAACAUUGUUUUUGUUUUUUAAAUUCUACUGAAGUUCUAUAAAGUAAUGGGCCAUGUCCUUUAUCUGUUUCCCCUGCUGAAGAGACAUAUAUAAAGCAGGUAAUAAAAGAGACUGUGCAAACAAGGCUGUGUGAAACAUAACAUAACUAAAGGAAUUUCACAUAGCUUUGUUUGCACAAAUAUAGAGAAGUAGAAAACAAAUACAAACAUGGCAGCGAUCGUUACUUUUAGAUUACUUUAUAGAAACUAAACCUUUACAUUAUUUUUAUGACUUUAAUUCGGGUUAACAAGAGCAACCCCUUGUGCCAUGUUACAAAACCCCCUUUACUUUGAGCCGCAGGCUUGGCCUGAUAUGACCCAGUGAGGUUUACACAAAUAAAUUUCAAUAGCGCGCCAUGCAGACCAUUUCUUACCAGGUCAACACCUUCAUUUGCCAGACGUCAAUCAGACUUGUUCCUUUAGCAUAGCACCGCAGCCUCCGCCUUUAAUUUUUCUAUCUAUUGACGCUUACCCUCCUAACUAUACUAUAUCCCCCAUAUCCAUUGGGAGAGUACUCAAUCAACCAUGCUUUUGAUAGGCCAAUUGUGUUGUUGUUCAUCUACAUUGAUUGGUUGAAAUUGAUGUCCCUCAAGAUCCAAUCCUGUAGCACUUUUCGUGUCUGACCAUCAGACUGUUUAAUGACCUGCCCCUUCACACACUGCGGUAGAUAAAGCGGUAUCCCUAGCAGCCAUACUCUGCUCACGCCCCAGUGUUGAUAUCGCAUAAUUUGACCACAUCAUUUGGAUCACAUCGGCUGCUAUCUACAAGCAGCGCCUUUGGGAUCUACUAGUAGAUCCCGAUCUACCUAUUAGGCACCCCUGGUCUAGCGUGUACUGUUUAAUAUACCUUUAGCUAGGGACACUUUAGUUUUAGCUGGCAGUGCUCGUGCUUCGGGCUAAUAUUCAGCUACUGUGCACAUUAUAUCUCUAUGGUUGUAUCUCGCUCAUCCUAUUAAAUGUCAGGGCACAGAAGACUAGGGACCAGUCAGAGAAUCAAGCAGACUAAAAUAUUAAGCACACAAUUAAACAGAGGGCAUAGCUCAGCAACAAGAGAUUGCAGAUUCUGAUCAACACCAGUUGGAAAUCAGAUCUCAAAACUUAAACAUUGUACUAAGUGAUAAAUCAUCAAAAUGUGAGAUAUGAAAGGAAGCAAAUCUUUUAUUUUAAAUCAUAUAACACCUUUUGUGCCUAUUAAUAUGCUCCAGUUACAAGAAACCAAAAAGAACAGUAUUAAUGUUACAGUUAAACAAAAAUCUGAUGGCACAAAAGAAUGAAACGGCUCAGCAAACUGCCCAUAUUACUUGCUGAAAACACUUCACUUUUUAAUGCAUUGUGACUCUUUUCCAGGUACCUGUGUCCCUUGACAUCCCAUCUGUUAUAGUUCCUGAGGGAUAAAAUCCUCCUUUGAAAAACAGUUUAUUUCCCCUUGUUACUUUAUCAUUUAACCUAUUAUUUCCAGCUUUAUAUACAAUAGAUAAUACAAAAUGCUAUGAAAGUGAUUGUAAUCAGUAAUAUAUAUAUAAUCUCUUAUACUCUUUAGUUUGUUCCCUUUUCUAGAAAAAAAAAUCAUGUAAUCUAGGUCAAGCAGAAUCUCGCCCACGAAGCCCAAUCUUACUGUACCAGUUUGUAAUGACAGAAACGCUAAAUGUCCCAUUGCAAAUCUUAUAGCAAAUGAACUAUUUUGUGUACAUUAUAUAAACAAUCGUUACUUUAGUAUUAUUGAUGGGCAUAAACAAAUAUAUACCGCUAGUUAUUAUUUGCUGCAAGUGUUUUCCUGUUAUGUGCAACACAAUUCUGUCAUUUUUGUACUGAUGUUGUAGCAUAAGUUUUUUAGCUGUACAUAUAUGACAAGUUUGGAUAUAGACAUUUAUUACUCUCUAUGAUGACUCCUUAUUAAAUUAUUUUGUCUGAAAAAA